CAGCAUGGCUGCCUGCAGCUGCAUGUAGCACGCGGUAGUACAUUCCCGUGAUCAUGGCAGAGGCUGUAGGAGAAGCCUCUCCUGUUGACAGACUCAAGGAUGGUAUGAAUCCUUUUCAGGGAGUCACAAUUGUCAAACCCAUUGUGUAUGGGAACUCCGCUCGAUAUUUUGGGAAGAAAAGGGAUGAGGAUGGCCAUACACAUACAUGGACUGUCUAUGUGAAACCUUACAACAAUGAAGACAUGUCUGUGUGGGUGAAAAAGGUACACUUCAAACUUCAUGAAAGUUAUACAAACCAGAAUCGGGUGGUGACCAAGCCUCCAUAUGAAGUAACAGAAACAGGAUGGGGAGAGUUUGAAAUUAUAAUCAAGAUCUACUUCCAUGAACCAUGCAACGAGAAACCUGUGACAUUGUUUCAUAUCCUGAAGCUCUUUCAAACAGGUUCAGAAAAUAACCCAGGGAAGAAAACCCUUGUUUCUGAAUUUUAUGAUGAGAUCAUCUUUGUGGAUCCAUCCCCACUGAUGCAACAGCUCCUCACUAGCACUCGACAGUUGACCCUAGGCCCCUAUAAGCAUGAAACUGAUUUUGAAGAGAAUGAGAAGAAGACACUCAUGGCAAUUCGUGGUGGGAAGGAGAAGAUCUGUCACGAGAUUGAGGAACAACGUGAGAAACUGAAACUGGCGAAGGAGACUAUUGGCAAGUUCAAAGAAGAAAUCAACAAAGUGCAGUUUGACAUCACGUGACUCCGAUUGUCAAAAUGUGCAAGUGAUAUGUUUUGUUAUUUUUGUACAAAUGAAGGCUUGAGUGGACUGUCCCUUUUACA